UAUAGCUCUAAACCCCUGCACAGGUUGAGUGGAUCUCCUGGACAGUGCCUGAACCCAUAGGAUUGGGUGCCCUGGGAGUGCUUGUUCCCGAGUUUGCCGGCGUCUCUGCCGCGGGACACGUGACGGUUGUCGGGAGACGUUCCACGGUCGGACACGAUGGAUCUCGGGGGUCUUUUCCAACCUUAACCGUUCCAUUAUCUUCUUGCGUCAUUUCAGACGGGAAAGCUUCCAGCUUUAACGUCGUGUAGAGUUUGUAUGCAUGCUUCCAAUUUUAAAAUUUCCUUCAGGCGAAUACUGAUGGCGGCAGCUGCCAAAAACAUUGUUAUUCAAUGUAAAUUACCGCGUAUUCAAAGGCAGAGCUAGCUCUUUCAAUACAUCAGCGUGUUCCUCGGUGAAAGCGCUGAAGGAAUUAAACUGAAUUUCUAGAGGGAUGGAGCCUGCUUCUACAAGCCUCCUUUGAAGAGAACACAAUUUUAAUCGGUUUUGAGAGCUGGUGAGAAGAGACGUCCCCGACCUUUCCCAGAGAUUCCUGGGAACUUCACGGGAAAAAAAAUCUUAACACGGCGGUGUAGCCCGGAGCCGGUUCCCGGUGGGGAUGAGCCCAACAGAAACCGAAGUGCCGCCACCCCCCGCUUUCCUGGCGGCUCUUGGAUGCGCCUGAUGCCGCAGGCGGGCGGCCGGCGCCGGGGAGCGGGGCACAGGCCGGGCUGAGGCGCUGCCCGGCUCCGCAUGCGGGGCCGGGUGUCGCCACCUCGGGCAGUGGGGAGCGCGGGAGGGUCCGGCGGGCAGCUGUGCACCUCGGCACACAGGUUUAUUAGUCAUGAAACGGAUUCUUCUGGUUUUUAUCCUGGCUGCUGCUGUUAUGUAUGGUAUCCUGCAUGGAAAUCUGUGGAGAAAUAACUUCUACUGGAUUAGCUUUUAUGGACAGACUUCCUCUGUGAGGGCUUCUCCUUCCUAUGUGACUAGUGGAGUUACAAUCAGUUACAAUCAGCUGCCACCUACUGCUGUAGAGAGGAGGAAUGCAUUGGACACUUGUCUCCUGAAACCAGCAUUUGAAUCUUUACUGGGUGUUGACAAAAUAUACCCAUUCCUGUGCGCUAAUGAUUUUAUCAGAGUGGCAGAGUUCCAAGGGAGCAAUAAGUUUGAACUACCUUAUGGAAUAAAGAGAGCAGAGCAAUUUUUUCGUUUAGCCCUUUCAAGACUGCAGAACUGUGGCCUUUCCAGUGAAGAAGACAGCAUUCCCUGUCGACGGUGCAUUGUGGUUGGUAAUGGAGGAGUACUUCGAAAUAAGACAUUAGGGGAGAAAAUUGACUCGUAUGAUAUCAUAAUAAGAAUGAAUAAUGGCCCUGUGAUAGGGUACGAAGAGGAUGUUGGGAGGAGGACGACUUUUCGCCUUUCUUACCCAGAAUCUAUCUUCUCAGAUCCCAUCCACUAUGACCCUAAUACCACUAUUGUUCUCAUCGUCUUCAAACCACGGGACUUGAAGUGGCUUUGGGAGAUACUUGGUGGUCAGAAAAUAAGCGUGAAGGGCUUCUGGAAGAAACCAGCUCUGAAUAUGAUCUACAAAUCGAGUCAAAUCAGGAUUCUUGAUCCCAGCAUUACCAGGAAAGCUGCUUAUGAGUGGCUUCAUUUCCCAACAAGGUUUCCUAAGAAGGAGAAACCGAAGCAUCCAACAACGGGGCUAAUUGCCAUUACACUGGCAUUUCACAUAUGCCAUGAAGUCCAUCUGGCAGGCUUCAAGUACGACUUCACUGACAGAAAUAGCUCUUUGCACUACUAUGGCAAUGAAACCAUGUCUCAGAUGAUGCAGAAUGAAUACCACAACAUCACCGCCGAGCAGAAAUUUUUGAAGAAGCUUAUAGACAAGAACUUUGUGAUCAAUUUGACAUGAAAGCUGAAUGGAAAAUACAAAGAACAAUCACUAUUUUCAAUAUUUGAAAAAUGUUUAUUUUUUGUAUGACAUUUUUAUUUUUUAAGUGCAACAUAACUGUUUACUGUUCAAAUGAGCCCAGAAACCUCAUCAAGGCAAAAGCUUUUAACUGAGGGUAAUGGACUGUUGCAAACAGAGUUAACUGAAUUUCUGUGAAGCUAUUUAAUAGUGGGAAAACCAUGAAACUUCCAACUGAAAGUAUCAGGGAUAUAUAAAAAUGUGAUGUACAUCACUUACUUAUCAGUGAGAACUCUUUCCAAAUGAUUAAUUCUCUGGAAUACUUUUGUUUCUGAUGUUGUCCUCCAAAAGAGUUCCACUGUCAAGAGACUGAGAUGACCGGUGUUCAUUCAGUAGGUGGAUGUAAAGUCAUGACUAUCUGUCUUCUUGUAUGAAAACUGCUUUAAAACUAUGCAUCUAAGUCAUUACUCUGUGUUUUGGAGAAGGGUGAACAUACAGACUGUACAGGUUUUGUUCUGCCAUACUCCUGAGGAGAGGAUGUCCACCUUCAGCCAACCAGCCACAGCUUCUGCACUGCCCAUCAACUCUGGGCUUCUGUCUACCUUUGCCGAAGGUGAAGACCCUUUGUCUGAUUUGUGGAGAUACUGGUGUUGACAAUGCUUGUGUUGUACCCAUUUUAUAGAAUAAUAAUACUCCCUGUGCUGUGCAUCCAGUAAAUUUUACAGUUGCUGACUUGACUUAAAAAAGAGGGAGUAUGAAGACUGAAGAGCUGUCCGAACUAUCUGUGUCAGCCCCCAUACCACAAUAGAAACAAAAGCUUGGACAUACAUGUUCAUGCCUGAGUUUAGAGUCAAUGUUUGUUGGGGUCCUAGUUCUCCAGGACAGCAUCUCAUGCAUUUUUUUUGUUUGUUUCCUCAAAACAGGUGGAUUUUUCCAAAUGAGGACAAUCUCCUUCCUCAGAUGUUGUAAUGCAUCAAUACAAACAAGGAAUACUCCCAUUUUUGGCAUUAGAGUGUGGUAGGGAAUAUCCAGGAUGUACUUCAGCUGAAUUAUCAUUUGGCAUCUGCUUACCUCUUCUGUGUUGAUAUUUAAGUUUGAAGUGUGUGGAUGAACUAAAUAAUUUAGCAGUGGGAACUUGCUCAUGAUUUUAGUUGAAACAUUUCAUGGGAAGUUUAUAUUUCCUGUAUUGGUUUGUCUCUGACAAGCCUGUGAAUAAAUGAAAUCUGCUUGGGAACACGCUUGACAGCUGUCAAAGAACAACAAUGUGCAGUUCCAGUUCUCUCACAGGACAUCUAUAUAAAAUUUUUAUCUUAAUUACGGCAGAAUUUCUGGAAGAUUUUGUGGUUAUCUUUAUUAAUCAAAUCUGAAGAAAACACAAAUAAGUCCACUUAAAAAAGUCUUUGAAGUUGGUAGGAAUACCAUGGUUGCUUUUUUACAAAAUUAUAUAGAGAGGACAUUUAGGAGUAAUGCAAACAAUCACAAUAUGAA